AUGACAGUGCCGCCGGUGCUCCGAGCCGGUACGACACGCCUGCGGUCUGUGUCAUGGGCACCUGCAUCCUUUAUCUCGACGACGUCUGUGCGACCUAAGGCUUUCUUUGCCCCACCUCGGUGCCUGUUCAGUGCGGCAGCGAGCCAGUCAGGGACGGCGCCUAAGGCCUCUGACCAGAAUAGCGUGCUUAAGCCUCGCAGGGAGGAGAAGAAAGAAGGAAAGCCUUCCAAAAGCGACAAGAAGCCUGUGGAUUCGCGUAAGGAAGCGCCUUCGUCGUCCUCUACAUACGGAAGCGAUUCGGGCGAUUCAAAUGUGCCGCUUGUAAGUCCCACAGCGGAGGAUUUGCUCAAGCAACGGUUCCUCCAUGCUCAGAAGCGCACGCCAGGAAACACACUCAUGACAGGCGGCAGUGGCACGGCAAUCGACAUGCCGUCCUUUUUCCGUGGCCGGCCGUCCGACACAUCGGAUGCCAAUUCCGACCCGUCUGACACGGUGCCCAACGACACGAGUCUGAUGGGCAUGCCCUCUGUGCCAGAGCGCGAGCCCGAGGCCAAGCCGGACCGCGCCCAGCGGAUAAAGGACGAGGGCUCCUUUGCCGAUACCCAAGUCCCAUUUCCUGCUUUCCAGACAGCGGCGUUGGCGCCAAUCCGGCCUAGCCACCUGUUUGCCCUGCCUGACCAGCCGUUCGACACGCAUGCUUUUGUGAAUCGACUGGAAGAGGGCGGGUGGCGACACCCAGCCGCGAAGGCUCCCAACUCCAAUGGCUACCAACGGCACGACCUGGCCGAGGCCCUAAUGGAGCUGACGCGGUCGCUUUUGCAGCGGCGCGGCGCGGAGCUUACUGAGCAGCACAUCAAUCGGAGUGACCUUGACAACCAGCUAUACCUAUUCUCGUCGGCACUGGCGGAGUUGCGGACAGAAGUCCGUGUGCGCGCACGGAACGAUGGCGCAGCACUGCGCAGUCUGUCGUCCCUGCUUCAGCGCGAGAUUGAUGGGCUGGCGCAGAAGCUGCAGGCGGAUAUUGAGCAACUCAAGCACGAUAUCCAAGUGGACAUGAACAGCCGCAAGACCGAGGUCCAGGAGGAGCACAACAACCUUGAGCAGGAAAUCCAGGACCUGAACAACCGGUUCACCAUCUUUGUGAGCGACCUGCGCACCGAGAUUGAGCAGAGCAUAAAGUGGGAUGCGACGCGGCGAGCGUUGGCGCUCGUGUUCGGUAUUGUGGCCAUUCUUGUAUGCACGCUGUCGCUGGCCGACUACAUGACGCGCGAGAGCGAUGAAGUGGGACACAAGGACGCGGCCGAUAAGGAGCAGGCCAAGUCACCGCCCGGACCUUCACUACGCGUGCCCGUGCCGAUUGACCAUACCCUGGAAGACGAGCCACCGGCGCUGCCGCCCAAGUCAGCGGAAGAAUGGGGUCUUUUGCCGCGGUACGAUUCGGACGAGGCCAGAUACGUAUAG